AUGGCUCCCCCACAGUUAGGCGCGACAUUUGUCCCCGGCGGCUUCGAUGAUUAUUAUAUGCCAGAAGUCGUUGCUCCCUCCCCCCAAAGGGUAACCCCUCAGGUCCCUCAAAAUAUGCAAGAGGACCUCCAGCGCAUGGAGCUCGAGGCUACUUCCGUUGAACCACGAUCACAAACCGAUUCAGGCCCAGGUCCUCGUCACUCUCGUGAACCGUCGCUCUCUACUUACACCAACCCUCGGGGAGCCGACCCGCCCAGGCCCCAGCCGGCAAUACAGGUCUCGAGCGACGACAUCCGAGCAUACCAGUCCACCGAUAAGAUCUCUGAGAGUCUCAGCACCAUGAGCUUCGACGCCCCCUCAUUUUCGCCUUUUCCCAAGGUCAAGGGCGAUAACAUCCCCCCAACUGAUGAGGAAAAGGAAGAGAUUCUCUGGAACGCGCGCAAGCAUGUUCUUCACUCACAGAAUGUUUCAAUGCAAAUUACAUGGGCGCGCGACGUCCUUACUUGGGCCGACAUUUCCCAAGAGUCCAUGAUACGCGAGUAUGGUGAAAAGGCCCGACCUGCAACGCCCCGCAUCGAACACGAACUCCGAGUCGAUGCAAUCAACAUUAUUACCUACUUGUCGCAGCAAGAACACCCUGAAGCACUCUACAUGCGCUCAAAAUGGCUCGAGUUUGGCAAAUUUGGUAACCGUGUUGACAAGCGCGAGGCUUAUAUCGGCUACAAGCGCGCCGCAGAACUCGGUCAUGGACGAUCCGAGUAUCGCAUGGGCAUGUUGUAUGAGCAGUCGAAUGACAUGUCCAAGGCGAAGGAGCAUUACUAUCGCGGCCUUUCCCUCAAGGACUCAGCCUCAUUGUACCGAAUGGGCAUGAUGAGCCUUUUAGGCCAACAUGGCGAGACGAAAGAUUACUCGACUGGCCUGGAGCGGAUACAGGCCGCUGCCGACAGCUCCGACGAAGACGCCCCUCAGGGUGCUUAUGUUUACGGUAUGCUCAUAGGACGCGACUUACCGGACAUCACAAUCCCUGAGGGCUUGUUGCCCAACAACCCAUUGACGACAAAGAUGUAUAUCGAGAAGUCGGCUUAUCUUGGGUUUGCUAAGGCCCAACUCAAGAUGGGACAAGCAUACGAACUGUGCCAGUUCGGAUGUGACUUCAACCCGUCGUUCUCCCUUCACUACUACGGUCUAGCAGCUAAGCAAGGUCUCCCCGAGGCAGCCCUCGGUGUGAGUCGAUGGUUCCUCUUUGGCUACGAGGGUGUUUUCAAGAAGAACGAGUCGCUCGCGUACAAGUAUGCUCAAGAGGCUGCUGCCGCUAAGCUACCGACAGGAGAAUUUGCCCUGGGCUACUACAACGAAAUAGGAAUCCAUGUGGAGAAGAGCUUGUCAGAAGCUAGAAAGUGGUACCAGCUGGCCGCCGAUCACGGUAAUCAAGACGCCCUUGGCCGACUCGAUUCUCUGGACGAGAAUAACACUCUGUCCAAAUCUGACCACGAAACUACCACACUGACCCGCAUCAAGUCGCAACACGGAUCCCAGCGAGGCAAGCGUCCUGAUCGCUUCAAGCAGCCACAGCAAAUGCCUACUCUCAGUGAAGGAAGUGCCCCUGCUUCACCUUCACUAGACGGACCAGGUUACCCCAAGCCACAGGAUCCGCAGUCCAAUCCUUCUCUCGGAAUACGGCCGACCAUCGUCUCGGAGCACGUUAACUUCCCAGACCCCUCGCGGGCUUCUUUUGUACUCCCUGCGGCAACAGACAGACCUCCUGCCUUCAAUGUUAGGUUGGACGCCAACCAAGGCCCAGUGCGACCCCAAUCGGCAGCUCCCUACCCCGAAGAUGACCGGCCACCACCCCUAACAGUUCGUUCCAAGUCCACGGCACCUUACCCAGAGGACGAUACCCAAGGUCCUACCUCUCCUCGUUUCAACCAAGGCGGACGCAUGGGACCUCCUUCAGGACCCCCUUCAGAUCGCCCAUCAAGUGCUUUUGGCAUCAAGCCACAAUCAGGUGGUCCUCGUCCUAUGCCGCAAUCCCAGUCGAUGGGUAAUCUUCACCCUGGAGGCCCAGGAGGUCCUGGCCGACCCGACCCCCGCAACAGAGCUGCAUCCACUGGAUGGGAAGGCCAACAAGGACCCGGAGGACCCGGAGGACGUCCUUCUCCCUAUCCAGAAGACAACGGAGCACCGUACGGUGGAUUACAAAAGACACCUACUGGUGGCCAAUACUCGCCGGGCUUGCAAAACCCUCAGUCCCAAAACUAUGAACGCUUCUCGCGCGUACCUGGAGCUAGUGGGCGCCCCGAGCGUGGGAGCUCUCUUCCCCAGAAUCAGCAGCAACAGCAGCAACAAUUACCACCUCAGGCGAACCGACCCCCACGAACGUCAAGUGCUCAGCCACCAAUGGUGUCUGGGGGUGCUGGCCCGGGCGGCAGGCCGUCUCCGGGACCUUAUGGCGGACCCCAAGGAGGACCCCAAGGGGGCCCAUCUGGUCCUCCAAGAACUGGAAGUGCACCCCCAUCACAGUUCCAGCGGCCCGAUAACAGGCCGAGCCCUGCUCCCAGCGCUGCAACGAUGCCACCAAAGGGAGCAGGCAAGCAGGGACCUGCAACAUUUGAAGAUAUGGGUAUUCCACAAGGAAAACAGGACAGUGACUGUAUCCUCAUGUAA